AUGUCAUCUGAUGCUACUCCCAUUACAACUGCAGACACCACAAAGGAUCUAAACAAGGAGGGAGGCAAGUCGGCACAUUUAUUUGUAUUGAUCCAUGGAUUAUGGGGCAGUCCAAAUCACAUGCGCACAAUUGAACGCUACAUUAAGGAAUCUUUACCUCCAACAACAACAGAUGUAAUAGCCACACUCAAGCCGGCUAGUUUCAGAUUCUGGAAAACAUACGAUGGUCUAGACCUCAACUCGAGAAAGAUAAUCACUGAAAUAUUCUACGAGAUUGAGUCAUUACGAGAAAAAAAUGGAUUAACAGUGACCAAGAUCAGUUUCAUUGGUUACUCAUUGGGCGGGUUAUUUUCACGCUAUGUCAUUGGUCUCUUGAACGAGCUUGGGUUCUUUGAGCAAGUUGAGCCUGUGUUUUUUUCCACGUUUGCAACACCUCAUAUGGGAGUCGAGUUUUUCCGCGAUAAUAUAUUUGACAAUAUCGCCAACAUUGUUGGUCCUUAUCUUUUUGGCAAAUCAGGUGGUCAACUUUUCUUGGCUGACAAGGAGCAAGUAUUGGUCAAAUUGGCUGACCACAAGCAAAUCUUCUACCAAGGUUUGGUUAAGUUCCAAAAACACACAUUAUUGGCAAAUGUACGAAAUGAUCGAACGGUUGCAUUCUUCACUUCGUUUAUAACCCUGUAUUCUCCAUUUGAUGAGUUUGAUUUGGUUAAAAUAAAGUAUUUGAAAAACCUCCCUGAAACAAAGAUUGCUGGUAAACUUGUUAGACCAAAGGUUGUUGACUUGGCAAGAUCACAUAAAUUGGCUCACACUGAUUCUCAUUUGUUUCCUGGUAAUUUGCAAGAAGAAACUCCAUUUGUCAGAAAAAACAAGUAUGCCCGUAUUCUCGUAAUUGUUGCAUUAGUCAUGUUGAUUGUUCCCUUGUGGAUUCCCUUCAUAUUGACCACCAGCACAAUAGUAUCGGUGUACAGUUUUAUCAAAGUUAGAGUGCACAAACUUCCGGAUAUUGCAGAGCACUGGUCAAGAGUUGUCAAUUACGUAUACAAAGACAAACCUAUGGACCCACAAGAUGCAGAAGCUAGUCAAAAACAACGUGAGAAGCGCAGGCGUCUCGCCCAGCAAGAAAGUUUCAAAGGAGAUACAUCGCAUAUCACUGAGAAUGCAAUGGAAGGUAUGCUCUACGCAGAAGAACAUUUCAUGCAUAGAAGCAAAAGUGCAGGGUCGGUUAUCCCUGAAGUCGAUGAAAACAAUGACGAUUCAGAGGCGGGUGAGGACACUAAGCGCAACGGGUCCAGUUUGCAACAAAUAUACCUCGACAGCAGAACAUCCACAAAAUUGGUUGACAUUGACUUUGAAGCAAACGAUGAAAUUGUCCGCAAACAAUCCUCCAUUCUUCAAGAUAAUUCUCGGAUCUCACUAUUUACAAAAGAAUCGGAAUUGAAAUUGGACGAUCAAAAGAUAUUCAUUAUGAACUCGUUGAAUGAGAUCAAAUGGAUUAAAAUCCCCGUGUUUCUUGACGUUUGGAAUUCUCAUGAUGGGAUCGUUAGUCGAAGAGGCCCCAAGACUAACCCCAAGGGGGCUGCAACCAUUGGUGUCUGGGUUUCGAUAUUGAGAACCCAUUUACAAGAUGAAAAUGGUGACAAGAACAAAAGUUGA